AUGUGUUAGCUAGUGCAGUGCUAACUGUCUGCUGUGAAAUUACUGGGACUUUUUUGCAUAAACAAUUUUUCCUUCCUAGUAAUAAACAUUUUGGCGUGCAAUUUUUCAGCAGGAAGCCGUUGUGUCGAAUCUGGCGUUCACCAUAUGGAAAAAUGGUAACGAUUACAAUUCCAGAAAACGUUAGCGUCUUUCUGUUAGAUAUUGAAGGAACCACAACCCCUAUCACUUUCGUAAAGGAUAUUUUAUUUCCAUACAUCAAAGAACACCUAGAAGACUACCUAUCUGCACACUGGGAGGAGGAUGAGUGCAAACAGGAUGUGCAUCUCCUAAAGAAACAGGCUGAGGAAGACUUAAAGCAGAAUAGAGCAUGCCCAGUUCAUGCCGUGGACCAGACAGUGCACACGGAUGAGGAGAAGGCUAUCCGUGAGGUGGUGGAUAACGUUCUCUGGCAGAUGGCUGCAGAGAGGAAGACCACUGCUCUCAAACAGCUGCAGGGCCACAUGUGGAGAGCAGCCUAUGCUACAGGGAGGCUCAAAGGCGAGGUAUACCAAGAUGUGGUUCCUGCUAUUAGACAAUGGAGGCGACAUGGUCUCAAAGUCUACAUUUACUCCUCUGGAAGCAUAGAGGCUCAGAAGCUUUUGUUUGGUUAUUCAGUUGAGGGAGAUCUAUUAGAUCUAUUUGAUGGUCACUUUGACACUACCAUUGGUGCCAAAGUGGAGAGUAAAAGCUAUGAAACAAUUGCAGAGAGGAUUGGCUGUUCACCAGAAGAAAUUAUGUUCUUAACAGAUGUCACACGAGAGGCAAAGGCAGCAGAAGAUGCCGGCUUGAAUGUAGGUGUGGUAGUGCGGCCAGGAAACAUGGAGCUGACUGAGGAAGAGAGGAGCCAUUACAGAAUCAUCAUGACUUUUAGCCAGCUGGAAUUCAGCGGGAGGGCUUGAAAGACAAGGCCAGAGCAGUGUUUGCCAGUGCUCCUCCAGCAAACUUUUUAGCGUGGGAAGUGUUGGGUGACAUCGGAUCACAAAGCUGUAGCUUAUUACUUGUGCAAAGUCAAGAUCUUAUGCAACAAGUACCAAGUGCAUCACUAUUGUAGGGACUGGAAAUCCAAAUUUCUUUCUGCUUUUAAAAAAUUGAAACAAAAAACAUGUUGAAGUUAGUGUAGAUCAUUUUUUUUGGUGUGUGUUUAAAGUGCUGAUGCUUAAAUGUAAUUUAUAUUGAUAAUAUUGAAGGGGCAAAUGAGUCUUAUUUUCAAAACUUUUGGUUAUUGUCAUUGUUCAUUUAAAUUAUAGUAAUUGUACCUGUUACUCACUUCAGCAUAUAUGCUUGAAAGUGUUAUUCUGAUGUACUGUUGUGUAAAGGUUUUAAUUAGAGAUGAGGACCAUAUGCAACACAUCACAAUUGCAACAUCUACAGCCACCUAUUCACCUAUAUUGUAACUUCUAGAUGAUACUAAAACAACACUUUGUAAUCACGCAUUACUUAUCUUUAAUCUGGAAGUUUGAUUUACUUUAAUAGUACAAUACUAGACGAUACAUAUACAAAAUCUGUUAUUGGUCCUCAAAGGUAAAUGUUUCCACAAAAUUGCACAUAACCAGUUCUCACAUAGAGGGAAGCUGAAGCAAAUAGUCUUGUGAAUGCAUAUUACCAACAAAGCCGUCAUUAAGACUCAAUGGAUUGCAACAAUAAUACAACAAUUCCUAACCUAUGUGUUGGGUGUUAUUACGAAUGCAUUGUGGAGUCACAGGUUAAGUUUCUUUUUUACAGGGAACUGAAAUGGUGGCUGUGAGAUUUUGCAGCACCUAAGUUAGGAAAUCAGUCUGCUGUUUAAAAGAAGACACUAGUUAAGUCUUAGAGAGAGAGCAGCUUUAAUGAAACAGAAAGUCUUACAGAGAGGAGCUUUAAUGAAAUGGUUCAAGAUUUGUUUGAUUUGGUGGAAAUCUUACUGUUAAUGAUGAUGUCAGAUAGACCACAUUUUUAAUCUAGGUAUAAAAUGUGCCAUUUGUAGAAAGAGGUCUGGUCAACACUGUAGAUUUAAAAGUAAGAUAAUGUUUUAGACAUACAAAUUCAGUACAGAUUAAAGAACCUACUUUACCAUCUAUACCAUUGUUUAUACCAAGUGUGCAGUCUUUUCAGUGCAUUUACUUAAAUUUGGACCUGAUAAGUUGAUAUAAACUGUAUUUGUCAGAUAAUAAUAGGCUCAUUUUCAUUAUAACAUUUUCACACUAUUUGGCACAGACAUCUGACUCAUUACCUAUUGCACAGAUAUGGUUUCUUUUCAGCCAUUGUGCUUUUUUUUUUGCUUUUUUUUUUUU